AUGUCUGACGAAAGAAAUCUUUUUUUACAAUCCGAACAUGCAAAACAGUAUGGUCAAGAUUCCAAGCUGAUUAAUUUGAUAAAAAACAUUAUCAAGGACUAUCCUCAUGAAUCCGUAUUUCGCGAGUUCUUGCAAAAUGCUGAUGACGCUGGCGCUCGAACCUUUCGUAUCAUUGUUGAUGAACGUUCAACAAAUCAACAUGAAUCUUUAAUAUCUAAAGGAAUGAAAGAUUGGCAAGGUCCAGCAAUCUGGAUUUACAAUGAUGCUAUGUUUAAUGAACAUGAUUUCAAUGCUCUACUCAAUAUUCAUGAAGGAGGAAAACGUGCUGAUCCUACAAAGAUUGGAAAAUUUGGAAUUGGUUUCAAUUCAUGUUUUCAUUUUACUGAUGUUCCUAGUUUUGUUAGUGGCAAAUAUAUUCAAUUUCUAGAUCCACAUGAAAAAUUUCUUGGUAAACAACGUGGUCUUCAAAUUAAUUUCUUUAAAAAUGAAAAAUUUAGACAGUUAUUUAAAGAUCAAUUGGCUCCAUACAUUGGAGUGGAAGGUUGCAGUUUUGAUAAAAAAUUCGAAGGAACUUUAUUCAGAUUACCUCUUCGUAUUCGUCCAAGUGAAAUUUGUGACGAAAUUUUUAAUACAACUAAAAUCUUAAACUUUUUGGAAAAAUUGAAGUCUACUGCUAUUUCGGAAUUACUCUUUUUCCGAAAUAUUGAGUCUUUUGAAGUUAUGCAUAUAACUGCUAAAUCUUCUCCUCAUCAAGUUGCUUUAAAGUGGAAAGUUAAUUUGACUGAUAUUACUAGAGAUAUUCAAAUUAAAAGACGUUACACCGAUGAAAAAUUUACUUCAUUCCGUUUAAAUGUAGAAUUUCAUGAUGGUAUCAAAAGUAUUUCAAAUUUAUGGCAAGUGUGUAUUGGUGGUCAAAAAACUGUCGAACCUGAAGAAUUAGCCAAGUUUGCAGAACGUCAUCGAAUGUUGCCACGAGGAGGUGUAGCUGCUUUAUUACCUUUACAUAACAAAUCUAACGAAUUUGAAAAAAAUAGAGAUGAAGGUCGAUUAUAUUGUUACUUACCUUUACCUCAACUGACUUACCUCCCUGUACAUCUUAAUGGUAAUUGGGCAUUAUCAUCAGAUAGAUCUACCGUUCUUUUAAACAAUGAUUCUUUAGCAGAUAUGGAUAAAUCUAAAUUGGCAUGGAAUAGACACUUAUUAUUAAAGAUCUUGCCUCAACUUUAUGUUAAACUUUUAGAAGAAAUUGUAAAUUUUGCAAAUAAAAGUGACAUCAUAGCUUAUAAGCAAAUUGUAGAAUACUUUUGGCCUUUACCAAGAAAUAAAGAGAAAAAUAAUAGUUAUGUUACAGAAUUUGGACGAGAAGUUCUUGGAAAACUUCCUACUGAUAAACCUUUAUUUUGGUCAACUACUGAAGAUGGUUCUUAUGUUUCUUUACGAGAAGGAUUCUUUGAAAAUGAUAAAUUUAUUAUUGAAAUUCUUGCAAAAUAUAGUAAAGUGAAAAGUGUACAAUUACCUCUCGAUAUGUUAAAUGAAUUAAAAUCGGCAGGUGUUGAAUUAUCCCCAGUUCCUGCAGGAAUGGUUCGGCAAAAUCUUAGGGGUAUAAAUAAUCUUUCAAGUAAAUAUAAAUACGAUCAGUUAAUUAAACUGUUAGUGUUUAUUUUGGAAGAUGAAGAUUAUGAAGAUUUAGAUGAUAUUUAUUUAAUUCCAUUGUACAAUAAUCAAUGGGGUAAAUUCGAUAUACAAUUUAGACAAAAAUAUUAUUUAGCAACUCGUGAACAACAAAAUUUAGUACCACACAUUAAUUCAUCAAAUUUUGUUAACGAUAAAUAUUGUGAACAUCCAAAGUUAAAAGUGGCGUUUGAAAAAGACAAAUUUCAUGAAAAAACAAAUAUAAAGAAAUUUAAUGCCACAUCUCUUGCGUACCUUUUAGAAUAUGAACUUGUGCCAGAACAAAAAAUAACAAAUUGGGAUCCAGAAUCUACAGAAAUUCCAAAUAAAAAAUGGCUAAAUGAAAUUUGGAAAAUAAUUUUGGAGUCAAAUACAAGUUUGGAAUUAUUUUCAAAGUAUCCACUUUUAGAAGUUGUACGUCCAAAAAGUGAAUUAAUACGCUUAGAUUCAAAAAAUCCAUUACUUGAAUUACCACAAAGUGAUAUGUCACAUUUUGAGAAAUUAGUCAAUAUUCUUCAAAAUCUAGGAAUUAGAUUUACUGAUCGUUCUUGGGAUGCAAAAUUAGGUGAUUAUAUUCUUAAAUGGACUCCAGAAACUGUUUUAAAAUCAUUAGGCGAUGCUCUACAAAGAAACAUUAGACCAUUUACAAAAUUAGCAAAAGAUGAAAUUAAAGCUAUAAGGCAUUUUAUUAUCGAAAAUUGGAAUGAUUUUUCUCUAAAUUACGGGACUAAAGUUAAACCUGAAUUUCGUAAUGUUCUAUUUAAAUUACCAGUUUGGCCUACAGCUGCAAAUGGUGUGAAAUUCAAGAGUCCGAGUGAUGGAUUACUUCCACCGAAAAAGAUUGAAAUAUUAUCACCAAAAUCCAAAUGUUAUUCUGACAAACUGUUUCUUAAUGUAAAAAAUGAUGAAUAUCAAAAGAUAUUAGAAGCAUUAAAUACUCCUUACGUAGAUCUUGUCAGUUAUUUAAAAAGUCAUUAUGCAUUUCCAAAAGAAUAUGAUGAAAAUUAUUUUGAUUUUAUUAAAAGUAUUUUAACUUCAAGUAAUUUUAAUGAAGUCGAAAAAGUGAUUGAAAGUAAAGCUGUGAUUCCAAAUAGAUCAAAUAAGAAACUUAAAACUGCAAGAGAUCUUUAUGAUCAUAAAACUUAUUUAUUUCGAAUAACUUUUGAAGGAACUGAUCGUUUUCUUCAUGAUGAAUUUCAAAAUAACACAACUUAUUUAAAUAUUAUCAAAAGAAUGGGAUUUAAAUAUCAAGUAACUAGGCAAACAUUUAUUGAAUGCGCAAGAGCUAUUCAGAAACAAUCUCAAGAAAUAAGAUAUCAUAAUUCAAAUGAUUUAAUUUAUCGUGCAACAACUGUAGUUCAUUAUUUAUAUGAUAAUAUAGACGAUUUGAAUUAUUCUGAUGCUGAAUAUGAGGACUUGGCACGUAUAUCUUUCAUUCCAGCAGAAUUAUCUAUUGAAACUCCUUAUUCUGAAAAGGCUGUUAAGCCUAACGAAUUUGAAUGCCUUAAUUUAUUAUGUUUACCCAAGUAUAAAAAUAUUGCUUUUACACAAGUGGCAUUGUUUCAUAGUGCUGUAAUUCCUAAACCUUCGUCACCGAUAUUAACAAAACUAAGGAAAUUUGGAAAGCCAAAUGCAAAUCAAAUUUUAGAUCAUUUACGUGUAGUAGCUUUCAAAUUAUCAAAAUCUACACAAUGGAAAAAUGAAGAUUAUCUUUUUAAAAAGAUGCUUGAUGAAAUUUAUAAUGCACUUAAUGAAGAAUGUGAAGAUGAAGAUUCUGUUCUUGACGUUCAAUCUUUUAUAAAAGGUGAAAAAAUUUUCUUAAACAUAUACCCAAAUGAAGAUGCUUUUGAAGAAUCUAAUUGGAAAGCUGCUGAUGAAUUAAUUGUGGGUGUUAGUUUAUCUGAAGAAGGUUUUGUAAAACCAAGUUUGGCAAAAUAUAAAAAAUUAUUGGAGGUUGCAGGGUCUGGUACUCUUAAAUCUGGUGAAGAUUUGGAUGAUGAUUCGUCUCAAGAUGAUCAAGAUGAAAAAGUGAAUAAACAAGGUGAAAUACUCUUAAAGGCACUUCAACAAUCGUUAAAAGCUGGAUUAUCUGAACCUCUUAACGAUGUGAUAUUUAUUGUAAAGGAUCAAAAAAUUGCUGCAAAUAGACUUGUGCUUGCAUCUGCUGCUGAUCACUUUAAACAUUCUUUCUCUAUCAAGUAUAGAGAUGAUUGGUCUCAAGAACAAGAAAAUGAAAGGCAAUUUAAAAUUUUGAUGGAUCUUUUAGAAGCAUCUGAUUAUUAUAAUUUAGUAAAUUUAAAAAAUGAAGCAGAAAAGAAACUUUUUGAAUACGUUAAACUUUGUAAUGUUGAUGAAGUUCUUGAUCACGCAAGCAAUUAUAAUGCAGACUUGUUAAUUAAAUAUUGUAACAAAUUUAUCGAAAAUAAUCAAUCUUUCUUCUAA